AAUUCUAUCUGUAAAGAGAAAAGCAGAGCAGCGUGCCGGAUUGAUGUGAUGUUUAUGUCGAGUAAGGGAGAGCUGAGCAUCUUUGUCACAGUGCUGGGAAGGAGAGUUUGGGGGCAGGGGCAGUCAGGGGACAGUGGGGCCAUUGGGCUCCUUGCAGAGCUGGCUGUCCCCCAGAAGCACACCAAGUCUGCUGACUUUAGAGGAGAGGUAAGGAACCACUUAACAUCACAUAGGCAAUGAGCUGCUGGGUGAGAACUGCCCUGGCUCACCCCAAACCCCACAGCCAGCCCCCUGGCCUCUGUCCUUCUCGCAAAGCACCCCACAGCUCUUUCCUUCCUCUCCCCAUCCUCACCCCCACUGUGCAAGAUUUUACAUCUUUUCCCCCCAUCUCUCCUCCUACGUGUGCUUUUUGACACCAAGGUUUCUCACCUCCUGUCAUUUAUAGAAAAAAAAACCUGUUGCCUACCACUCCCUCAUCCUCCUCUGCUUUCUGUUCCACCAAAUUUGCAGUUUAUCUCCUUUUCUCCUCAUCCUCCUAACACCUGCCCAGCCCCAUAGUCCUGCCCGGGACGGUUUUGAAUCCCCACUGCUCAGAGGAGGGGAGGUGAGUCCUGCCCUCCACCCCCUUCCCAACCUUGCUCUGACCUUUGGCUGGAAACGUCCCCCUCUUGGAAGCAUGGGGUAAAAAAGAAGAAAAGGAGAAAGAAUGGGGAAAGUAUAAAAAUAAAAAGGAGAAGGAAUAACAAAACAGAGUAGUGAAAAAGCAGAAGGAAUAGUAAAAAGAAGCAGCAAAAGGGAAAAAAAAAAAAAAGAAAAAAAAAAAGCAGAAGGAAUGGCAGAAUGGAGUAAUGCCAAAACACAGCAAAAAGGAGCUGCAGCACCGGCUCUGUGGUGUGGGAGGUAGCAGGCAGUGGGUUGCCCACCUCCGGGUGUGCUGGGACCUCUGUGGUGGGAGGCUUCAGCACCCAGAGGGGUGCAGCCAAAGACCUGCUGCAAAUGUGCAGGAAAACUGACAGGGGGGAAGAGAUAUGAGCAGGAAGAUGGAAGGAAGGGCUGGCACAGGUCGGCUGCGGGGCUGGGAUCUGCCCAGGGGGAGCAGGGCAGUGGGGCUGCGUGUCCAGGUUAUUCCUGAUCUUUUUUGUGGUUCAUUCCCAGAGAGCAGCAGCAUCCAGCACGGUGGCAUUCUUCUGAUGCUGAACCAUUUAUUUAAGAGGUGUGCACGCAGCUGGGACAGGUCUGGGACCUUCCUUGCUGUUAAUGAGCCAAGGAAAGGGUUGGGAAGCUCUGGAGCCAGGUGUCACUGCCUGACAGGUCCCACCCCCAGGCAUUCCUUCCCACCCCCAUCGCCCCCACCUCUUCCUGCCCCAUCACACUGGGGUCAGGUGCCACCUGUGCCAGACAUAGAGGAGGAGGAGGACCUGGAGGGCUGCAUGUCCUGCAAGCAGGGAGCAGCACAUGGAACACCAUGGGCUCGGCUGCUUUUUCCUGCCUGCAGCUAUGGAAAUGAACCCCGAAUUCUGGAGAAAAAUAUCUGCUAAAUGCUUCAUUCCCCAUGAGUAGCUCAAGCUUAAUAUUAGACCGUGACAUUAAUACCAGUGGUCCUCUGGGAUGGAAGGGAAGAAAAUCACCUUUCUGGUGGUGAUGUUGAUCCCAGAUGGCGUUCAGGGCCUCUCUGCCUGCCUCGGGGCGGGGAGCUCUGCCCCCCGAUCGCAGAGCUCAGCAGAACGGGGGUGGCGGAGCCGCGGAACGAGGGCUGCUCCCGGCAGCGGGGCCGGGCGGUCCCUCCCCGUGGGGGGCGGGGGGGCCGCCCGCUAUAAGGGCGGCGGAGCGGGGCAGGGUGGCUCGGGGCGGCUCGGAUCGGCACGGCUCGGAUCGGCACGACCUGAGAUCCCUCUCCAUCCACCCAGUGCAUCCCAACAAGAGAUGACCACGUUCCUCAACAACUCCUUGUGCCAACACGCCAUCGAUGACUUCCGAAACCGCGUGUACUCCACGCUGUACUCCAUGAUCAGCAUCAUGGGCUUUGCUGGCAAUGGUGUUGUGCUCUUUGUGCUCAUCAGGACGUUCCGGCAGCGGACGGCCUUCCAGGUGUACAUGUUCAACCUGGCCGUGUCCGACUUCCUCUGCGUGUGCACCCUCCCCCUGCGCGUGGUCUACUACGUCCACCAAGGGCACUGGUUCUUCAGUGACAUCCUAUGCAGGAUCAGCUCCUACGCUUUGUACGUCAACCUCUACUGCAGCAUUUUCUUCAUGACUGCCAUGAGUUUCUUCCGCUGCAUAGCCAUCGUUUUUCCAGUUCAGAACAUCAAUUUGGUCACGGAGAGGAAGGCUAAAUUCGUGUGCAUCGGGAUCUGGAUUUUUGUUAUCCUGACGAGCACUCCUUUUCUGAUGAAUGGGACUUACCAACACGGCAACAAGACCAAGUGCUUUGAACCCCCAGAGGACAUCCAGAAGACCAACAUAAUCGUGAACCUGGAUUUUAUCGCCCUCUUUUUGGGUUUCAUUAUCCCCUUCAUCAUCAUAACCAUCUGCUACACCAUGAUCAUAAGGACCCUCCUGAAGAACUCCCUGAAGAAGAACCAGGCCAACCGCAAGAAGGCCAUCUGGAUGAUCGUCAUCGUGACAGCCACCUUCCUGGUGAGCUUCACCCCAUACCACAUCCUGCGCACCGUUCACCUGCAUGUGCUGCGGCUGCGGCACGCCAGCUGUGAGGACACAGUUUACCUGCAGAAGUCGGUGGUGGUGACGCUGCCGUUGGCCGCCGCCAACUGCUGCUUCGACCCAUUGCUCUACUUCUUCUCGGGGGGCAACUUUCGGAAGAGGUUGACCACCUUCAGGAAGGCUUCCUCCUCCAGCAUCACGCAAGCCUUCAGGAAAAAGUUCUCCCUGAAAGAGAGAGACGAUGAACCCUUUGGGGAAAGCCAUAAGGAGAAUGGGAAUGCCCCUGUGGUCGCUUUGUAAUGCGGUGUGACCUUCUCGUGGGAUCUCAGAUGGGAAUGGAGAUCUAUAAACUCUUCCAGGAGAUGGGAGCCUUCACUGAAUCCCAAAAUAGACACAAAGUUAUUUACACGGCAGAGGUCAAGAUGAUUCCUGCCCUGCUCCCAGAUGCUUUUACUUUGGACUUCAGUUUCAAAAUGCAGUCUGCAUGUGGGGCUCGCAGGAUCAGUGCCUGUAUCUGGAAAUCCCGGGUCGGGGCUCAUCCCCCCUCACCCACCCUGCAGGCAGCAGCCCUGGGCACUGGGGCAGCAGGUCUGCAGGGGCCGAGCAGCAGCAGCUUCAAGGGAACUGCCCACGAUGUGCAGCCUGGAUGCAUCUCCAGAGGCACAGUGGUGCCUUUCUGCUGCUGAGAGGGGUAAGGAUUGGAUGUGGUUCCUUCUUUGCCCAAGGAGGCUGUGGGUACCCCAUCCCUGGAGGCAUUCAAGGCCAGGCUGGAUGUGGCUCUGGGCAGCCUGGUCUGGUGGUUGGCGACCCUGCACAUAGCAGGGGGUUGAAACUAAAUGAUCAUUGUAGUCCUUUUCAUCCCAGGCCAUUCUGUAAUUGUAUGAUUCUGAAUUCCUAAAGAAACAUUCUUUUUGGGAGCACCUUCGAAGUUAUGGUAGCCCAGCAUGCAUUUGAAAUGUAUUACAAAGGAGCUGGUCUUGUAAGUGACAGCUGUGGGAUCUGGGUUAUCGCUCCAGUUCUUUGUGAGCUUUGCCUAAAAGUAGAGCUCUGGGUGCCCAGAGCCUGGAGCAUCAUCUGGCCUUUCUGAAGUACUCAUUAAGUAUUAAGAAAAAAUACAGUGGUAGACAGAGUUUUUAAAAAUAGCCAACUGUGGUGGAUGCCUGGUCCUAUUCAGGAGUGCUCUUGUUAGCACCUUGCAGAAAAGCUGCAACCCGAGGCUCUGAGGGGACCUGGGUUGACCUGGCCACCAAGAGCUGGAGAGCUCACAGGGAGAUGUGACCGAUGUCAUUCUGAGCUCAGGAUGAUGGAAAUACACACUGGGAAGAGAGACUUCCAGAUCCGGAGCCUAAGGAGCCAUUCCUGCGGUUCCCCAGUUAAACCCAAUGUAAACGAAUCCAAAAUAAGGACGCUGUGUCAGACAGAAAUAGUCUUAAUCCUACAGGAAUUUUGUAGUUGAAAAACAGAGGUUGCUAAUGAACUUCAGUGGGGCACUACGAGGUUAUUUGGUGUCAUCCUAAGGGAAGGACUGAUGUUACAUGCAGGCAGAAAUCACUGUGAAGAAGGUAAGCUUUGGAAUACAUAGACAUUGAAAACAUAGACAUAGCCAUAGAAAAUGACAUAUACUUUCCCAAAUUCUGAAAUAUUCUGCAUUGUAAGGUAAAACGAGGUACAUCUGUAUAUAUUGCAAAGCAUUUUUAUUCUAGAAUUAUUUUUUCCCCAUCGUUUUACUUUAUGAGGCGAUGUGUACAGUGAGAGAAAGGGCAGUGGGUUUUAUUCUGUGUAACGGGAAGGGCUGUUAAAAAAAGAGACGGAAUUAAAUGGAAAUGUUGCAAGCUCGA